GAGUUUGAGAAACUGAUUGGUAGAGCAAAGAGAAAGAGAGAUGUGCGUAGCGCCUAGGCGCGAGCAGUGGCGCGGGGAGGCGCGGUGCGAUUUUGUCCAUCUCUGUUAUGUGAUAUCUCAAAAAUUAAAAGAGAUGGAAAUCUGAUUUUAUCAUCUCUACAUUUAUAAAACAAUUAUCAAAAUCGAUUGAGUGAAACUGGACUUAUCGACAUUUUUUCUUUGCGAGAUCCAACGAUACAAUUGACGUGCUCUUCAUUCAUAUAUAUAUAUUUCAUUAGAAUUAAGAUAUAUUUUUUUAGCUUUGGAAUGAUUUUGUACAUGGUAAUGUACUUGAAAAUCCACAAAAAUUGAAUCGAUUUUAUUUAUUAAUUUUUGCGGAUUUAAAAAAAUAUAUUUAUCAUUAUUGGUUUGCAUUUCCAACAUUUCUUAUUCCAACAUCAUUUAAUUUAUUAAAUCCAAUUCAAUCAAUAGGUGAACGAUUUUCAACAGAUGAAAUUACUGCUAUUAGUAAAACAUUAGAUUCUAAUCAAUUACAUGCUUGUUGUCUUCAUCGUCAACAAAAUUUAUCAUUUGUAAUCAUUAGUUUAAAACAAGCUGUUCAACAUUUAAAUAAUCAACCACAAUCAGCGUCAGAAUAUAUUUUUAUUAUUAAUGAUCCAAGUACAGAUCCAAUAUAUCCAGGAUGGCCUGUACGAAAUUUAUUAACAUUACUUUACUAUCAUUUACAUUCUAUUGAACAACUUAAUAUUAUUUGUUGGAGAGAAAGAUUUCGUGAUGGUCAUCAACAUGUUAAUCAUUCUUUAUAUCUUCAAUUAAAACCAGAAUCUAUUAGUAAUAUUGGUGAUACAAUUCCACCAUCAUCUGGUUGGGAAAAAAAUGAAAGACAACGUCUUGGUUCUCGUCAAGUUAAUUUAAGUACAUCAAUGAAUCCAAUACAUUUAGCUGAAACAGCUGUUGGACUUAAUCUUAAAUUAAUGAAAUGGCGUUUAGCACCUGAACUUGAUUUAGAAUCAUUAGAACAAAUGAGUUGUCUACUCUUGGGUGCUGGUACACUUGGUUGUAAUGUUGCUCGUUGUCUUAUGGGUUGGGGUAUUAAAAAUAUUACAUUUAUUGAUAAUAGUCGUAUAUCAUAUUCAAAUCCCGUUCGACAAACAUUAUUUACAUUUCAAGAUUCAUGUGAAAAUAAACCAAAAGCACAAGCAGCAGCUGAUGCUUUAAAAAUAAUCUAUCCAGGGAUUAAAUCAAUUGGAUAUGAUUUAACAAUACCAAUGCCUGGUCAUACUGUUAGUGAUUCAACUAUGGAAAAAGUUAAAGAAGAUAUAAAUUUAUUACAUGAUUUAAUACGUCAACAUGAUGUUAUUUUUUUAUUAACUGAUUCAAGAGAAUCACGUUGGUUACCAACAGUUAUUGGUGCUGUUGAACAAAAAAUUGUUCUAUGUUGUGCAGUUGGUUUUGAUUCAUAUGUAAUUAUACGUCAUGGUAUUCCAACAAAAGAAUCAAAUUCAUCAUCAACAACAUAUAAAAAUUAUUUACCAGGAAAUAAACUUGGUUGUUAUUUUUGUAACGAUAUUGUUGCACCCGUUGAUAGUUCUAUUGAUCGUACACUUGAUCAACAAUGUACAGUAACUAGACCAGGUAUUUCAAUGAUGGCUAGUGCAUUAUCUGUUGAAUUACUUGUUUCUAUUAUACAACAUCCUCUUCGGUAAGAAUUAUUC